UACGGGACGGUCGUGGGCGUGGAGCGAGCUCGCCACUCGCCACUCGCCACUUCGUUUUGGAAUCCGCGUGCUGCCAAGACGUGCGUCGAAUAGGCCAGCUUACUCCUUUGAACUUGGUGAAAUUUCCGUAUGGUAUGGUUGUUUCUGCGCUGCUUAGAGAGUGGGACUUGCCCGAGCUUCUCGAGCCAUUUUCUGGUGUCGAUUUCACAACAUUGCUGGGGGUGUCUGGGGAUUUUUUGGAAAAAUUGAUCCCGGAUAUCAACUUGCGAUGGAGAUUUGUCAGUAAACGAAAUGCUUUUAAAAGCACUUUGACUGCAGUCGAUCCGGCAGUGCCCUCCACCUCAACCUCCUCCGAGUGCAACUCACGACCCGGCUCAGCACUGUCGUCAGUCUCUUUACAGGAUACAUCAUGGGUGGAGUCGACGAGUCCUACGACCCCCGCUCCUACCCAGGUUUCGGUGCCUACCCAUAAGAGAAGAUCAAGUAAUGACGAGCCCGCCGGUCACAUAUCUAAAAGGCAACAAGUUGAUGUUGACUCCUAUGUGGAGAAAGUGACAAUUCUUGUCACCAGUUUGUCAAACGUCAAUGACAUUCAAUUGGAAGAUGUUCUCAAGAGCAGCGUAUGUGGCCGUUGGAUUUUGAGGACAUAUGAAGAAAACAACUGUCUUUCUGAUGAGGCGAGGACAGACUUUGUUGACAUUUUGGUGGCAGAGCUAAUGAACAUCACAAUAUCUCCUUCUCAAGAAGAAUAUGCGUCUCUAACUCAAAAGAUUCUUGACAUCUUUCCUAAUGAAACAGACGAAGUGUAUUAUGAGCCACCACUCAAAUCUGGCUCUCACCAGAAACUGGCUAGAGGGAAACUAUUUGAUAAGUUCCGUUCCAAAAAGGCUCGAUAUGGGCUGUGUACUGGACGUGGCUCGAAGAAGCAGAGUGACACUCCAGAUCUUAGUACUAUUAGUGAUUUAGCUUUGAGUGAGGAAGCAGCCAUCUCUGUUGAUUUCUUGUCUAAGUGGCAGGAGCCAUUAGAGGAGGUCAACAGGCAUUGGAUUGGAGCUGCUCCACACCGCCUUCACUGGCUAAAGGGCCAUGACAACUGUGACAAGGUGGCUGAAUAUUUGGCUUUGUGGCCCCACCUCAAGCACCCUGACAAUGGUCCCAAACUGAUUGAUAUUGACUUUGAACUAUCCACUGUUGGAAAAGACAAAGCAGAUAAGCUACUACUCAAAUGGGACAAUUUCAUUAAGAGGUUUAAAGUCAUUGUUUCAAAAAGGAAAAUUACUAGCAAGCAAGAUUCCGAGGGCAAGGAGAUUUUGUCCCUUCUCAAAAGAAAAGAUAUUAAUGAUUUUGAACUCGAGACGCUGCUCCUUGAGCUCCUACCAUCAAUUCUCAGUGCAAAUAGAUUCGUUGUUAUUGGUGAGGGUGUGAAUUCCUCAAAGCACAAACCGAGUGUUGUUGAAGUUCGGUCUGCUUUCAUCGUUCGAGUUAAUGCUGCUGGUGACUUAAACACCAAAAUAUGUCAACUGAGGGAACGGAUGGCCAAAGUUGGUGGCGCUCUCCAACCUUUUAUUUCUGUUGUUGGUGAACGACCCAGUUUCACAUCCAUCUAUGUGUGUUUGGACUCUCACUUGUACAAAGUUAAGUCUAUAAAGGAGGCUGUAGACUUGUGUUUCAAGACAUUUUUUGCUCUUCAUUGUGACCCACCAUCAGAGAGUGAACACCUCUGGCAGUUUGUACAAAGGUACUUUUUUGACAUCAAGAUCGCUAAGAAAUCCAACAUUACUGCUGUCACCACGUUUAUAACAUCACUUGAUGCCUGCAACUGAAAUUAUAACCCACCAAAAUGUUUAACUGUUGUGUGUGUAGUAGUAAGUGUGAAACUUCUGACUUAUUGAUAAGCCAUCUCAAAGUUUUCCAUCCUGCUUUAGAUGCCUUUGAGUGCAGGCAAAGUAACUGCAUUCGUGUUUUUUCUUCUAGACUAACAUUUAAAGACCAUCUAGAUAAUAAGCACAAAGUAGUACAGGCUACUCAAUCUAGUUCUGUUUGUAAUCCCUCUGUCACUGCUGCUACUAGUUCCCAAUCCAGUACUGUCACAAAUGAUGAUGAUGCUAGAGUUCCAUUCUUUAUUCCUGAAAGUCAAGAUACCUCUCCUGAUGUGUUCAGUACUGCUUUAACUGUAGAGAAAUUUCAAGCUCAGCUUACUAAAUCUGCACUCAUAUAUGUUGCUGGUCUUUAUCAACAUGACUCUGUGACUCGUUCCUUUGUUCAAACUAUUAUUGAUGGUCACAAGAAAUUUAUUUCUGAAGGUAUGAGUACAUUAAAAAAGAAGGUUCAGGAUUCCUUAAUUAAUUGUAACUCUAAUGAGAUGGUGGAAAUACUUAAAAUGUUUGACUCAUUUAUGUCUGUCUUUGAUUUUGUGGAUAGUGAGCAUAAAAGGAUAAAGGCUUUCACUGAUUGUGGUGCCUACAUUG